AUGGCUGUUGGCAAGAACAAGAGACUGUCGAAGGGCAAGAAGGGCCUCAAGAAGAAGGCCCAGGACCCCUUUGCCCGCAAGGACUGGUUUGGCAUCAAGGUGAGCGUCGAAAUUGUUGGCAAGACGCUGGUGAACCGGACCACCGGUCUCAAGAACGCGGCCGACGCCCUCAAGGGACGCAUCUUCGAGGUGUCUCUCGCGGAUCUCCAGAAGGACGAGGACCACGCUUUCCGGAAGAUCAAGCUCCGGGUGGACGAAGUCCAGGGAAAGAACUGCCUGACCAACUUCCACGGUCUGGACUUCACCUCCGACAAGCUCCGGUCGCUCGUGCGCAAGUGGCAAACACUGAUCGAGGCCAACGUCACGGUCAAGACCACCGACGACUACCUCCUCCGUCUCUUCGCGAUUGCCUUCACCAAGCGUCGCCCUAACCAGAUCAAGAAGACCACGUAUGCGGCGACGUCACAAAUCCGGGCCAUCCGCCGCAAGAUGACCGAGAUCAUCCAGCGCGAGGCCUCGAGCUGCACCCUCACCCAGCUCACCUCCAAGCUGAUCCCCGAGGUCAUUGGCCGCGAGAUUGAGAAGGCCACCCAGGGCAUCUACCCCCUCCAGAACGUGCACAUCCGCAAGGUCAAGCUACUCAAGGCGCCCAAGUUCGACCUCGGUGCGCUCAUGACGUUGCACGGCGAGUCGAGCACGGAUGAGACGGGCCAGAAGGUUGAGCGCGAGUUCAAGGAGCGGGUCCUUGAGGAGAUAUUGCUCAUCGGGCCGUCGGGAGCUGGGAAAUCUGCUUUGCUCACAAGGUAUUGCGAUGACGAGUUCGACCCGGAGUCGUCGACCGCGACUAUCGGUAUCGACUUCAAGGCUGGGCAAGAAAGGUUCCGCACCCUCUCGACAAGUUUCUACCGGGGAGCCCACGGCGUGCUUCUGGUCUACGAUAUCUCCAACCGGGCCAGCUUCCUGACCAUGGAGAGGUGGUUUGAUGAGGCCGAGACCAACACGGUCGACGGCGUUGCGUUGUACCUGGUUGGGGCCAAGCUCGACAAGGCCGAGACCAGCCGCGAGGUGUCCGCAGAGGAGGCCAGGGCGCUGGCUGACGCCCACGGGGCGCGCUUCUGUGAGGCUAGCGCCAAGACGCGCGAGAACGUACGGCGGUCCUUUGUCGAGAUUGUCGACCAGAUCGUGCAGAGCCCGGGCCUACUCUCGGGGGCCACCUCGAGCCGGACCGCAGGGACGGUCGGGCUGGCCGACAGCGCCGGCGGCUAUCUCUCCAGCUGCCCCUGCUGA